AUGAAUAAAGCGGAAUCAAAUUAUCAUGGUAUCAAAAGGCUGAAGGAUAUGAACCAACGUCGCCCCUCUGUCUUCCUCUCGCCAACUGCCCUACUCUUCCACCACUCCUCCCCAAAAGAAAGCCUAGAAGAGAUUAAACAUACCAAAGACUUGCCGCCGCCAACCUCGGACCCGGAAACCUCGCCAACGGACAAAUCCAAAGACGAUAAACCAGCAACGCGAUUUGAUACACCAGGAAAAUCGUCACUAGACACACAAUCCAAUGAUUUAUAA